GUGAACUUAAGGUUUGUGGUCAACCGCUCAGCUAUGAGGUACAGUAUUGGCAAAGACUUACGGAACGAGUCUGACAUCAUGCCUUCACCUUCCAAUGCAACCAACGAAGUGUCUCGAACCAUUUCUUUGAGCAGAGACGCUGCACCUUACUGUCUCCUUCGGACCAGACGCUGUCAAAUUUCGAAGAAAGCCCUGGAGACCGCUGCAAUGAUCGAAGAUUUCAGUGGUACACAGUGGUUUGUGCGCGACUGCAGUCGACACCACAAGUAUCUCGACAAAGCCAAAGACUUCCAGUCGGGAUCGUGCAUUAUUCCACGUCAGUCGUUCUUUGUGCACGGUCUAUUUGCAAUCUGGUUCUGAACCAGAAAUGUUUGCUAUGUGGCUUAUAUAGCCGUGCAGUGCCAGAUCUUUUGGAAAGGGCACCAAGAACCACCAGCAAAUUUGCGUUAUGGCAAGUGGUCGACAAUCUCAAGUCAUGAAGCCCAGUGGAGAUGAUUAUCCAUCUGGGACCUCUUCGCUGCCUCCUGUUCAUCCAGCCCGGACAACUGCAAGAGAAGACAAACGACAGAAGCGCCCAGCCAGCAUUGGAUACUCAGAUCAAGAUCGAGCCGCACCCGUGGAGAGCAACGAUAGCUCCUCAGACCAUCCUAGUCGAGAUCAGUUCGACGAUGAAGAGAGGGAAGUGUAUCGAUACAUCCCCAACGGAAACAUUAGUCUCGUCGGUUCAUCAGGUCAGAACGAGCAGGACGAUCCCAAGACCAUUGAUGGUUUCAGUCGGCUCCCAGGGACGCAAAAUGCGGAACAUGCACAAGAGCCAUCUCCCAACCGCACAGAAGACCACAGGUACAACAAGCAGCUGAGAUACAGCUCCAUCAUCGAAGCACGCGCCGGUUCUCGUUUCAGCGACAAGACUGUACCGAGUAUUGGAUCUGAUGACAUUGCCGCGAUCAAGAACGACGUCUACAUACCGAGAUGGGUUGUCAAGCGCAUACUCGACGCUUGCCUCAGUCCAUCUAUUCCGCAAUAUCAAACGAACGAACAUUUUGACGAAGCAGAGUGGAAGAGAUGGAAUGAAAAACAGAAAGAGGUAGUGCGGGUGAUCGUCAAAGGUGAAGGUAACGACCCAGAAGCCAUGGCUUGGCUUCUUCUCGAAGAGAUCUUCACUGUGCAAGAAAGAGGCAUCAUGGCCGAAACCAAGCGUAUCAUCCCCGAUGUACAUCUCUCCCAGAUCAAAUGCUCAGAGCGAAUCGACAGGGUCAUCGCUGCUCUCGAGAAUUGCCCACUCGCUGCAAAGGACAUGCUGGAAGGUAAACGCAACAAGCAGCUGGCUGCCGCACCGGAAUGGUCGACCGCGCAAAAAUGGCAGUUCAAGAGGAACAAUAAGAGAAAAGCUAACAAAACGAAGAAGAAUGAGGAAACAGGAGGAGCCAGCGCAGUCAAUGACAGACAGGCCAAAACGAGGUCGAAGGAGCAGGACGCGGUAAUUGAGGAGAUAGAUGGAGAGGAGUCAUUGGAGGAAGAGCAGCUUGAGGAUACGCUCGAAGAGAACCAGCUGGAGUAGGAGAUGCUAGGAAAGAUCAUCGG